AUGAGCACCAACCUACCUCCUGGCUCGGCCACUCCGUCCAACUCCAUUCCCGACAACAACACCAUCACCAUGCUGGGCGCUGCCAUUGCGGGUAUCCGCGGGUCGCUUUUGCGCCAGAUGGACAAUGCUCGGGGAGAGCUUGACCGGUGCGAGGCCAUCCUGGCCACGCUCGUGGCUUUCCGAGCCCAAGCCAUUGAUGUCAAGCAGAAAGAUGCCAAGCUCGCGGAGGUCGAGAAGGAAGCUGCGCGUCUGCAGAAAAAGAAUGCUCUACUCAAGGACGAGGUCAAGCAUUUGCUCACUGAACGCGAUCAACUCCUCGAUGAGCUCGAGCUCCUGAAGCGUGAGCGCUCUGGAACAGACCUUCAACCUGAGUUUACUACCGGCGUCCUCGACCUCUGA